AUGGAGCCCAAAGAUCUCAACCUCAAAGUCAUGAGGAUAUCAAAACCGGUUCUUCACGAGCGCGUCCCGAUUUUCUCAGAAGAAGACAACGAUUUAGAAGAGUCUGAUGCCUCUGGACUUAGUUCUGCUUAUUUGAUGCCGAACUCUGUUGGCGACUUUUAUUUAGGAGAGCCCGCUCAUUUCUUGCUAUCCAUUCAAAACAUGUCUAAUCCACCGAUUCAGUUCUCCGAUGUGAAGGUCACCGUCCAGACAGAAUCAAGAAACGCCCCACGAACAAUAAAUGGCGACGUUGCAAUAGGCGUACUAGCACCAAAUGAGAUUCGAACGACACAAGUAAAAAUCGACUGCCGUUAUCCCGAAGAAAUGAACAUGCUUUGCGCAGUGGAGUACUCACGGGAUGGACAGCCGGGCAACUAUCGCCGCAAGUAUUUGCUCCCAGUUCGAAAGCCUUUUGACAUUUCUUGGCAAUGGACAGCUCUGGCGAAAGGGUCAGCAAUGCUCAAUGUAAUCAUCACCAACAAAGUUGUCGGACGUACUGUUCUGUUCCAAACUUGCGCGCUUAACAACAGUGCAGGGGAGAAAAGGUGCAACAUCACAGCGCUAAACAGUGGCGAGAAGAAGCCUAUCGAAGUGGACACGGUAUUUUCAAGAGGAUUCAUGGUUGAGUCUGUUGAUGGCAAUGAUUUCACCACAGAACUUCUUUCGCUCGAUUUGAAAUGGUUGCCUUCAAAUGGCCAAGUUGGACAUAUUCAGUAUUCGCAGAUAAAACCAAAGGUAGAGAAGAGGCCAAAGCUGGAACUUUCGAUUCACAACCUGGACGAUCAGCCUUUUCCACCCAAGUGCAACGAAGCCUUUUCAUUUUCUGUGUUUAUCUGCAAUCAGACUGAACGCGUUAUGGAAGUCGAAGUGCUUUUAGACAGUGAUGAGAGCGAGUCGAUCAAGUGGAACUGCGUUUCAAAGUUUGAUCUUGGCAAGCUUGCUCCUUCUGCUCAAAAAACAGUUUCUCUGAGCGCGAUUCCUCUUCUCAAAGGCUUCCACUCACUCCCGUCUAUCAUCGUCAACGAUCACUUGCUGAAUCAGACUUACGCCUUCCGCGAUUUCUACCGCGUCCCUGUCUCCUAG